AUGGCCAAUUCCACCAUGGUAAUGGAAUUUCUCCUCCUGGGCUUUCCUGAUGGCUGGAAUAUGAGUCUCCUCUAUUUCAUGUUAUUCACAGUGACCUACCUGGGUACCUUGUUAGGGAACCUGCUCAUCGUCACUGUCACCACUGCUGACCAGAACCUGCACACACCCAUGUACUUCUUCCUCAGGAACCUGUCCAUCUUGGACAUGUGCUUCAUUUCUGUCACUGUCCCGAAUGCCUGUGUCAACUCCAUCACUGGCAAUAGGGCCAUUUCAGUGGGUGGCUGUGAAACCCAGAUCUUCUUGGUCCUUUUUUGUGCAUGUGUUGAACUUCUUUUUCUCUCCAUCAUGGCCUGGGACCGCUAUGUGGCCAUCUGCCAGCCUCUCCAGUACCCUACCAUCAUGAACACUCAGUUUUGUGUUCGCAUGACCCUGGCUUCCUUGCUCAGUGGCCUGGUGUAUGCAGGUGUGCACACUGGAAACACCUUCCAGCUGUCCUUCUGCCAGUCAAACGUGGUCCAUCAGUUCUUCUGUGAUAUCCCCUCUCUACUGUGGCUCUCUUACUCUGACAUUACCAGCAACAUGAUCCUUAUUCUAGUCUCUAUUAUAAUAUUUGGUGGUGGCUGCUUUGGUUUAAUAAUCAUGUCAUAUAUUCACAUAUUUUCUACUGUGCUGAAAUAUCCCACCACCGCCUCAGUAAAGGCCUUCUCCACCUGCACCCCUCACAUCCUUGUGGUGUCCAUCUUCCUCAGCUCUGGCACAGGUGUGUAUCUGAGGUCUUCAGCAAACUCUGACACACUCCAGGACUUGAUUCCCUCUGCCUGCUAUACCAUGGUUCCUCCCUUCUUAAAUCCUCUCAUCUACAGUCUCAGGAACAAACAGGUAAAGGAAGCAGUGAUGAGAGUCAUGGGAAGACAGUUUUUCUCAGGAAAAAGGUGUAGAUGCAUUUCAGCAUUAUCCUAA